UUGCCUGACGCGAUCCUGUUUAGCCGCGCCGAGAAACCCUCCUCGGGACUAUUGUACGCGCUGUACGCGCUGGCCGGCAGAGCAGAGUGAGACACCCGCCCGAAUCGGAACCGACAUUCGCAGUUGGCGGUUUCUCAGGGCUGGACGGGCGGAAGCGCGACACGAAGGCGACAGGCAGCCUGAGUCUGCAGUCUGACGUGACUUGGACCCGGCUUGCCUCGUCCGUUCGGUGGCGGACGAUGAAAGUAACAACACAGACGGCACACCUCACUCGCUGCCAAGUCAUCAAGGCACUGAGAAGCAAAAGCAAGUCGCUGUUUUAAGAAGGAUCGUGGCAUCCUCUAGCCGGGUUUCGCCUACGAUGGCGUCACUACCCAUAGCAGCCGGGCAAGAUCAGGGCCAGCAGGUGCCAGGGCACCAGGACAUGGGGGGAAGAGGCGCGGAUCUAGACUCUACCGUUGGCGUCCAGCUCAUCGCCAAGGCACGGAGGCUUUCGAUCAUCUCGGGACCCGGGCGCGAAGUGGAGGGGUUCACGGGGCCGGCGGACAGCGAUCGCCCGCUAGCUUCGGAAACACCACCAUGUUAUUCAAGUCCCAAUACCCAACCACAUGCAGCCACGCUGGAGGAGCGGCGAGAAGACUGCCCACCCGCGACCUUAGCAACGGCGGCUCUGGUGACAGUGACAGCUGCUCCUUCCUCUUCGAUAGCGCCCGCUCGUGUUCGAGCCCAUGUUGUCGACGGAGAUGUGAGCGUUGCUGGCAUGAGCGUAGUCGUAGCGCCGCGCAACCCCCCACAACAACUACUGGACCUCCCCAACGAGGUGCUCUUCCACAUUUUGGGGUAUCUUGAAGUGUGUGACCUGCUAGCAACUUCCAGGACCUCGCACCAUUUACGAAGCCUUUCCCUCGCCCCUUACACGCACCAGACCCGACUCCGGCGCGCGCGGACCAUCCUCCCGCCCCUGCUGACCUCGCCCACGCGGCCCUCGCGCGCCGAGCUGGUCCGGCGCUCGAUCGUGCUCACGCGCGCGGCGUUUGCCUCGCGCCGGCUCGACCACCGCAUGGCCUCGAUCCGCCUCGCGCGCAACCUGGCCGCGCGCCCCUCGGCCGAGUCCCUCGUCGAGCGCUGCGUGUUGCCGGCCGAGUGCCUGCCGCGCGGCGCCGCCCACCCCGUCGCGCCCGCGCUGGUGGCGCGCAAGCGCGCGGUCGAGAAGGAGCGCGUGAAGGAUGGCCUGCGCGCGUGGGUCGGCAGUGUCUGGAAGGGGGAGGUCGGCCGGCGCGAGGAGGGCGUUAGGCGGUGGGAGGAGCGGGCGGGCGUCGGGAGGGUGUGGAGGUUGAGGCGGUUUUGGGAGGGCGUGGGGAAGGGGGAGAUGUGAUUUAGCGUUGGUCUUUUCCUUUGUUUUGUAUACGUGUGUAUGAUCUUCGGGGGGCUGGGUCUGUGGUUCGCGUUGCGUUUGGUUGGGAGGAUUUCGGCCGGGGAUGGAGGUUUGUGUGUUAUCUUACGCCUUGAUAGGGCCAUGAUGU